GGCGGCGGCCAGGGCGCGGCGGCCGAGAAGAUGGCGGACGGCGACAGCGGCAGCGAGCGCGGCGGCGGCGGCGGGCCAGGCAGUUUCCAGCCCGCGUCCCGCGGCGGCGGCGAGCAGGAGACGCAGGAGCUGGCCUCGAAGCGGCUGGAUAUCCAGAACAAGCGCUUCUACCUGGACGUGAAGCAGAACGCCAAGGGCCGCUUCCUCAAGAUCGCCGAGGUGGGCGCGGGCGGCUCCAAGAGCCGCCUCACGCUGUCCAUGGCCGUGGCCGCUGAAUUCCGCGACUACCUGGGCGACUUCAUCGAGCACUACGCGCAGCUGGGCCCCAGCAGCCCCGAGCAGGUGGCGGCGGCGGCGGCCGAGGAGGGCGGCGGGCCGCGGCGCGCGCUCAAGAGCGAGUUCCUGGUGCGCGAGAACCGCAAGUACUACCUGGACCUCAAGGAGAACCAGCGCGGCCGCUUCCUGCGCAUCCGCCAGACGGUGACGCGCGGCGGCGGCCCCGCGCCCGGCGGCCUGCAGAGCGGCCAGACCAUCGCGCUGCCCGCGCAGGGCCUCAUCGAGUUCCGCGACGCCCUGGCCAAGCUCAUCGACGACUACGGCGGCGACGACGACGAGCUGGCGGGCGGCCCGGGAAGCGGCGCGGGGGGCCCCGGGGGCGGCCUGUACGGGGAGCUCCCGGAGGGCACUUCCAUCACGGUGGACUCGAAGCGCUUCUUCUUCGACGUGGGUUGCAACAAGUACGGCGUGUUCCUGCGCGUGAGCGAGGUGAAGCCGUCCUACCGCAACGCCAUCACCGUUCCCUUCAAGGCCUGGGGCAAGUUCGGGGGCGCCUUUUGCCGGUAUGCGGAUGAGAUGAAGGAGAUCCAGGAGCGGCAGAGGGAUAAGCUUUAUGAGCGACGCGGCGGAGACGAGUCUGAGGGUGAGGAGGGGGAUGAGGAUUGAGACUCGCCGCUUCCCCGAUGGGCCCCCCACCCCACCUCUGUCCCCCAGCCCCCCCAGCUGAAGAGCUCCUUUUCCUGCUCACCCCCAGUGAGACACCUGCCGGGGAGCAGGGGAGGCCCCACGGGGAGAAAACAUUUAAAACAACGUAGUUGAUGAUGAGAAAUAACCAUAAGAGAACAGUCACGGACUAUUAGAGAAAAGCAGGGAAGUUGCAAGGAACUGACAGCAACCUGCGAAGACAGGACACAGCGGCUCUCUUCCGCUGAGCAGUUAGUGUCAGCUUCUGUUGCUUCCCAGCCGAGGUUCCUAAACCCAUCAGGAGAGUCCUGACCGGGACAGGUCCUCGCACAUCACACCGGGCCCCAAGGAACACCUCUGAGGUGCCCUUACCCCUUGAUAACAGCUGAGUAUGUGUUGCACUUGGGAACUUGGUGGAAAGAUGUCAUCAGACCUCACUGUUGCAGUGUCUAUCCCUUCACCUCCUUUGAAAUGAGCAUUUUGGAUCUAGAUCUUCAUGGAAUUCUUGAUGAGAGAGGCCUUUGUAGUUACUGGUUCUGAGGGUACAGGUUUCAUGAAAAGGAAUGCAACUUGAAAUCAUCACGGACAGGGCAGAAUAGGAAUUCAAGGAGUCACUGGGGAACACAGCAACAAAUUGUAUCUAUUUUAUUCAGAAUGGUUUUGCACGCUACCUGGACCCUGGCCCAUGUCUUGUCUUCGCAGAAUUGUUUUCCAGGCUGCAGAUGGAUUCAGGUGUCAGUCCUUGAACUAGAAUCUGUUACUAAAAUAUUUUAAAAGUUGGCAAAAAUUCUUGAAAAUUAAAGAGCAGUUUCACAUUGGAGGUUGCUGAGAUAGGCACAAGGAAAAAUCAGGCAUAAAGCACAAGGAAAAAAACUGUUUGAGUGGACUGGUUGCUGCUCACUAAAGUUCUUCCCAUGAUCUCUAAACAGGGAGGUCAUUACCAAGAACUGGCUUAGGUAUGAAUGACAGCCAGAUCCCUGUGGCUCCACAGUGUGAGCCGGUGAAUUGUGGCUAAUUCGGCUGUUUUGGCCACUGGUUGGCUGGAUUUUAAACCAUAAAACUUGAAAAAGGAACAGUGCGGCUACAAGCCUGAGCUUUAAUGGAAUAUACAUCCUCACAGAAAAGUUGGAAGUAACCAAAACUGAAGUCUUCCUCUACCUUCAGUUGAAUCUGUGGAUUUGUUCAGAUACUAAAGAUCCUCAGGUCCAGAAUUCCAGCAUCAUUUAUUCUUUUAAAAUAAAUUUUUAAGAACUUGAUCCACUGUAUCAGUACCUCACAAUCAAAGUUGGCAGAUGAUGGAUGCGCGAUUCCAGCAAUGUGCCCUUUGGAAGCUGAACUCCAUCCGCAUGGAGCCGGAGUGAACACGAAUGUGCUGACUUAUCUCCUGGAAGCAUUUUUAUACCAUCUUGAAAUUUCAACAAACUGUCUUUUGCCGGGUUAUCCAGCUGUCUUUCAAGAAUAAAAGUUGGGGUUUUCAAGGAUCGCCUCUUCUAUAUUUUAACUGGAUUUUCCAUAGAAAUGGUUUUUACUAAUCAAGUUAAUCCCACCCCAUCGAAAGGUAUUCAUUCCUAGAAAUGUCACAGACCUAGGUAACUUUCACUUUGAGUCGAAUGGGAGCUAAUGUUCUUUCCAAAGUUUCAGGUAUGCUUUGUGCGACACCUUCUCAACCAGGAGGCAAGUAACCCACCUCCACAAUCUUAGUAUUUUUUUUAACUGCAUGACUGCCCUUUAUUUGAGCUGCCUUUUAAUUUAUUGCAUACCCUUUUUAUUAUCUUAUUUUGGUAUUAUUCAAUAUAUACAAUCUUUUUGUAUUUAUUGGGAAAUAAGUAAUAUACAAAAAGGUCGUUUUCAUGCAUUGUGGCUG